AGGAGGGGAAAACUGGAGCCAGCUGGCUAGUUUGGAAUCACCUAGAUGGGACCACUACGGUGGGGUGUCGGGAGGGGGCUUCUGGUGGCUCAUGGCUGGUAACUCAGUGUCUCUCAGGAAGUGUGUGUCACCACAACUGAGGAACAAGUGCAGAACAUUCAAGAAGGAGAAAAAUAGAAUCAGGCUUUUCCGUAACAUACUUCCAAUAAUUUAUUAUGGGGGGAAAAGAUACUUUUAGGCAUUACAGUGUGGAAUUAAUACCCCAAAUGUAUCCUAUCCUACCACAUUACGGGCUGAAGAUUUGGGAGCCGGGCAGUUCUACUUCGGUGUUUCUGGAGGCAUGCGAUCAGAAACCAACCAGGCUGUGAGUAUUUGUACUUUCGUGUGUCUGGGGAUGGAACCCAGGGGCUGUUUCAUGCAUGUUAGGCAGGCAGUCUAGCAGAGAGCGUUAGUCCCAGGCAGCCUGCCUGAGGUACUUGUGUUUCUAACCGGAGCUUGAAAAAGUCCUUUACGAAAUAGCUAAUUCACAAACCUGGCAAGUCAGUGCUGGCUGUCAAGUAAGAGACUCAUUUUCUCCACAGGGAGAGAUCCUUGUGUGUUACAGUGUAGCCACUAGCUUUGUGUGUGUGGGACGGGGGCGGGGGAGGGUCUUUGAAAGGGCAGGGCAGAAAUCACAAUGUCUUUUAUGGUUAAGCCUUAAAAGUUACAUUUCUAAGAUAUUUUACUGGUUAUAUAAAUUAGCUGUUUCCAGUGUAGGAGGAAACUACACUCCAGGAAAAGCUUUGGUCAUUGGGGUCAUCUUGGACACUGUUUACUGUAUGUGAGGGACUCAGUAAAGAAGCUGCCAGGGGCUGGAGAGAUGGCUCAGUGGUUAGGAGCACUGAUUGCUCUUCCAGAGGUCCUGAGUUCAAUUCCCAGCAACCACAUGGUAGGUCACAACCAUCUGUAAUGGGAUCUGGUGCCCUCUUCUGGUGUGUCUGAAGACAGUGACAGUGUACUCAUAUACAUCAAAUAAAUAAUAUUAAAAAGAAAAAAAGAAGCUGCCAACCAGACCUCUCCAUAAUAUGGUUAAGGUUUUUAUUGUAAAUAUAAGACUGGACUGCCAGAGGUGUCUGGGGUAGUUCAGAGAAGAGAAAGAAGUAGACUGAACAUACAUAGCCAGGGCUUCAGAAGUGGGAGAGAACAGUGGAGACAGCAAAAUACAAAGAGAAUAGAGCAGUGAGAGGAGUCUGGGGAGGACUAGCCAGUGCAAUAGAUACUUUCGAUGGUGAGGGAGCCUGGAGAGCAGCAUAGGCUUGGCUAAAUUGUUUAGUGCCACCGCAGGUUGCCAUAUGUCCCUUUGGCUAAUGGGAACCAGUUUUACCAGUUCCGGAGGAAUGCUGGUUUUUAUUUAACUGCCAGAAAUCCUCCUACAAUCCAGUUUUAGCUCUGGAUAUUCGGACAGCCUGAGACCUAACAGUUUUAGAGAUCUUCUCUUUUGGGAGGGAGGGGUGGCUAACAACAGCCAGACCCAUGCUAGCCAUGGAGGCUAUAAUAAUGGGCUUGGGAAAUAAGGUAUUAAGCAUCAAUUACAUAAUUGGGGAGCCCCAGGGAGCACACCCAACACUGGGAUGUCAAGCAGAUGGUAAUGGAUUAUAGGCAGGAAACAGGAGAAGUUCAGAGAGGGAAAGCAUGCCUAAAGGCCUGGGAAAAAGAGGCAAAGACAGGCAUGCCGGCAUGCAUUGGUAAUCCCAAUACUUGGGAGGGAAAGGCAAGAGGCUCAGAAGUUAGUGUCAUCUUUGGCCAGCCUGGGGUAUAUGAGAAGCUGUUUUAAAGUAACCAGAAAAGGGGAGAGGUAUGAGUUCAAGAAAUGAAAGUCUGAUAGGGAACAGGGAAAGGAUUUGUAUGCAUCUUACGAACAGAAGGGAGCCAUGGAAGCAUUCUAAGCAAGGAUGUUUACUGAGACUGGAUUUCACAAGGCAGCCCUCCCCAACAUAGCCAGCUCUGGCUGGGACUACUGAGCUGUUUUGGGGACAUCAACACAUGUUCCAGAAAGUGAUAUUCAGGGAAUCAAGAACACACCUCUUUCAGACAGCUGUUGGAACUAUUAGACAAGAAUGGCAGGAAUAGAAACUUCUGAAAUACACAUUUCUACCUUUUACCAGAAAACUUGCGAGGGCCCACAAUUACAUCAAAAGAAUGGCCAAAAUUACCAAAAUUAUGCUUCAGCCAUCCAUCUUCUGCUUCGUUGGGGGAUUUUUUUUCUUUUGUUUGAGACAGGGUCUCAUUAUGUAUCCUUGGCUGGCCCGGAGCUUUCUAUGUAGACUAGGCUGGCCUCAACCGCACAGAGAUCCCUGUGUCUGUUUUCCCAGUACUGGGAUUAAAGGCAUGCGCCACCACAACUGGCCCUGUGGACUCUUUCGUACUACUCUCAAUUCACAAGGUUCAGAUCUGAAAGGAAUCACUUCAUUGAUGUGUGGGGGCAUUCCGAUGCCUCUAUAUCUUGUCCUGAAGAAGACCCUUCCAGGCAUGAGACAAUGGAGCAGGAAUGGGUUGGGCUCCUGGGAGCACUGAACAUCUGGGGUCAACAUAGAAGGGUAGAAAGAGAAAGAAAAGGCUUUCCAGGCAAAAAGCAUGCUCGAACAAAGGAGCAGGGGCAAGAAUUGGCAUGGGGUGGCAGCAGUAGGGUGGCCUACAGUAUUAACACUGGCGAGGGGUGUACUUGAAAUUUGCUGGAGGCUUAAGGGAACAUGAGAGAGGCCCGUGGAGCAGGAGUAGGUAGUCAGGGGACAAACUGAGCUCGGAGCUCCAGUUUUCCCCGGAGAAAGUCACUGUUCACACUUUUGGAGAAAGAGAUAGAUGGAGAAGUGAUGGCCCGGAACCGGAGUACAGCCCCAGAUUCUGACUUUCACAGGUAGGAUUACGGCAGGAAAAUCACCAAACUGCUGCUUUGGAGAGGACAAUCCCCCGGUCUGGAUGUAGAUACAAAGGUAAUUAAUCCGGAUUUGGGUGAAAACAUUAGGACUAGGUGGGCUAAAGGCGAGAACGUUGAACCACAGUACGCAUGCGCUCCAGGAGGCAGGGGGUGGUGCCUGCGAGCGCGGGAGCCGUACGCCGCGCAUGCGCAGUUAUUCGGCGGGAGUUUCGGAAGUAGCUGCGGCAGCGCGGAACCUGGAACUAGACUAACGGGGAAGACCACCCUCUGUGGUGACGCCCAGUCUGCAGAGUUCUCGUAGACAGCAGUCAGUGACCCCUGCCAACAAUCGGCUGCAAGCGAGGGCAGUUGAAGCAUGAGGCCUGUUAUGGGAUAGUGAAACCCCGUGAGACUGGAGCCGGAAUGUGCAGAACAGAUCACCUCAUUUUCCUGUUUUCCUCUUUUCAUCCAGGAUGACUUCGGUGACCAAAUCAGAAGACCAGGGACCAACGAUGUCGGAGACUCAGGAUCGUCCAUUGCAACCAAGUCUCGAGCCUUUGGAAGCAUUGCCUCGAUCCUCUGCCUACCAGGAAAUGAUGGCACAAGGCACUUCAGAGGAACAAAACCACCUUGGCCGGAGCCCCAGAGAGGGGGAAGGUUGUGGUGCUGACCCCCAGGAGGGACCUCAGUUGAGGUCCUUUCAUUUGUCUCCUCAAGAACAGUCUGCCCGUCACAGAGACAGAAGGCAGUCCUGGAGGCGAGCAAGCAUGAAAGAGAUAAACCGGCGGAAGUCGUUGGCUCCUUUUCACCCGGGCAUCACAGAGCUCAGCAGGUCAAUCAGUAUGAAGUUAGCACAGAGCCAACGGCUUGGCGCCCUCCUGCUCUCCAGCUUCCAGUUCUCUGUUGAAAAACUUGAACCUUUCUUAAAGAACACUAAGGACUUCAGCCUUGAAUGUUUUAGAGCCAAAGCAUCUUCUCUCUCUGAAGAAUUGAAACAUUUUACAGACAGGCUGGGAAAUGAUGGAACUCUACAAAAAUGUUUUGUUGAAGAUUCAAAAGAAAAAGCACCAGAUUUCUCACUGGAAGCAUCAGUAGCUGAGGUGAAAGAAUAUAUAACAAAGUUUUCUUUAGAGCGUCAGGCCUGGGAUCGGCUCUUACUGCAGUACCAGAACGAGGUUCCACCUGAAGAGAUGCCCAGAGGAUCAACUGAAACCAAAAUCAAUGAAGUGAAUGUGGACCCGGCAGCCUACCUCAGGUCUUCCCAGAAGGAAGUUCUGAACACGAAACCCGACUAUCAGAGAAUAGUGCAGAGUCAGAAUGAAGUCUUUGCCUAUAUGGAAUUAGUGAUGGAUGAGCUACAAGGAGCAGUGAAGCAGCUGCAAGCCUUCAUGGAUGAAAGUACUCAGUACCUCCAGAAGGUGUCAGUACAGCUCAAGAAGAGAAGUAUGGAGCAGUUAGAUUCUUCACCUGCUCGAAAACUGCUCAAGCUCCAUCUACAGAGCUCAUCUACCACCCAGUGAUCAGGAUCCUGUCAGGGAUCUUACCUCACAGCACUCAGCUGGGAAGUCCUGGCCCUGCAGCACUUUCACUGUUCCUGAGUGACUGCAUAUCUGUAUCCAGAAGAGAGUGUUAAGGACACUUUUGUAAUAGUGUGCAAGAUGCUUAAAAUGACCUUCAGAACCAUUGCUCUAAAUAUCUUCAUGGUCAGCGCUUUUCAUCCCAUAAAACGAUCCAAAGACAUCUAGAACUAACCUUAAGGCAAUGUUUUAGGGGCCACGGUAGAUUGUCGGCAUAAAAGACUGAUGCUAAAGUUUGAGUGUGGGACUAAAGGCAGAUUAUAGGAGGUUGUCACAUAACGGGUGUGCGUGGACACUUUUAAAAUGUCCAUUUUCUGAAGUGUCCUAAUGUCUGUAGAGUGCUUUAGUUUUUAAUAUUGAAUUGAAUUCCUUUGGGAAUUCCCCUGCCUCCCUAAGAAUUGAGCCCAGGGCUUUGUGAGUACUAGGGAAACACUCUCAUGAAGCUGCAUCUUCAGUCCCCAUGGUUUUUGUCUUUUUAAGUUCUAGUUCCUGAGUGGCACCUGGACCAUAAUAGCCCUGUGAGCUGUAUUUUAAAAACCAUGUGUUGUCAUUUCCUGUGACUGAGAUAUAGUCACUUGACCUCUUAUCUAGAACAUUAGAAGGGUGUUAGAAGCUAUGCUGUAAGGACACUGUAAGGAUUCGUUUAAAGAGUAAAAGCCUAGAACAAUGUUGUUGAAGAUUUAAAAAUGAGUAGACAGUAGUUAAUGAGGUGAAAAAGCUAAUAUCUAAUUUGGAAUACCACAUGGAGAGCUCAAGCAGAUACAUAUAAAGUCUGGAUUAGAAAUAAAUUUAAGUUAUGUCUAGCUGUUGGAGUGAUGUUUUUGUACAUUAUGUGACAGUGUGUCUCUGCCUUUCCCUGCCUUCCUAAAGCACCUUCUGAUUGGUUAAAAUAAAAAGCCUCUGGCCUACAGCAAAAGGCAGGAUAGUAAAGUAGAACAUCCAGAAAGAGGAACUGGGAAGAAGUCAGGCGCAUGAGAUUUGCCACCCAAAGUGGGAUGUAUGAAACUGAGGCAAGGUAACCAGCCGUUCAGCAGACAUGGAAUAGUAUAAGUGGGCUAAUAUAAGUUAAGAGCCAGUUGGUGAACUAGAGCCAGUUGGGGAACUAGCCUAAGCCAAGGCCAAAAGCAUUAUAAGUAUAGCUUCUUUGGGAAAGCAUCAAAUGCUAGAUGUCGCCAGUGCAGAUGGAGGACCAAGGGCUCAGGAUUAGGAAUCUGCAGCAGCUUCUGUGGAGGAUACAGCAGUGGUUGUGGUCGAGGCCUUGAGGACCAUGGAGGUAAAGUUGAAGACAAGGAGUAGAUCCCCAUCACCAAGCUGGGCCGCCUUGAAGAUCAAGUCCUUGAAAGAGAUCUACCUGUUCUCCCUGCCCAUUAAGGAAUCUGAUUAUUGACUUUCCUGGGCACAUCCCUAAAGGAUGAGGUCUGAAGAUCCUGCCGGGACAGAAGCAGCAUCCACUGGUCAGCAGACCGACUUAAGGCUUUUGUGGCUACUGGGGACUACAGUGGUCACAUUGGUUUUGGUGUUAAGUGCUCUCCAAGGAGGUACCCACUGCCAUCUGAGGGGCCAUCAUUUUGUCCAAGAUCCCAUCAUCAUCCCUGUGCAGAGAGGGUACGGGGGAACAAGAUUGACAAGCCCCACACUGUUCCAUGCAAGGUGACAGGCUGCUGUGACUCUGUACAUCUCAUCCCUGCCCCCAGAGGCACUGGCAUUGCCUGUUCAGUGCUGAAAAGGCUACUGAUGAUGGCCGGUAUAGAUGACUGCUACACAUCAGCCAGGGGCUGCACUGCCACCCUGGACAACUUUGCCAAGGCCACCUUUGAUGCCACCUCCAAGACCUACAGCUACCUGACCCCCAACCUCUGGAAAGAGACUGAUCCUUAUCUGGAAAGAACAAGUUUCCUUAUCAGGGAUUUCACUGAUCAUCUUGUGAAAACUCACACCAGAGUCUUUGUUCAGAGAACCCAGGCUCCAGUUGUGGCUACAACCUAAGGCUUUUUAUACAAGAAAAAUAAAGUGAAUUAAGUCUGAUAAUAAAUAAAUAAAUAAAUAAAUAAAUAAAUAAA